AUGGGCAUAAAACGGGGGAAUUUGCAGCCGCCAUCGGCGACGUUGCCUCCUUUGCGCCAGCUGGGCACGCUGACCGCUGAUCAGAUCCAUGACGCGCUGCGCAACCUACACGGGCUAUUUUGCCCUUUGCCAACCUCGUCAGAUUUCCAUAAGAACCACAAGAGUCACCUAUUGACGGUGGAUUCCGGCUAUGCAUCUGAAGCAGAACUCGAAGAGGAGAGAACUUCUCCCGAGACACCUAGGUGCGACGGGUUUGAGCGCGAAUUCGCUAACCGCUGGUUAACGGGGUUCAUUGGGCGCGCGUAUGAGCUCCCGCUGGACGAAAGUGUUUCAGAAGGGCUUGCGAAUGAGGCAUGCUCCAUCUUAUCCUUCUUGAACAAAGACGCGGAAGGCGAGCCAGAGCACGAAAAGGAGCUUGGAAUGACCCGAGAAUUCUGUUUCUCAUUUCGAGGUGAUCGAAACUCAAAGAUCUUGGUUGAGCUGUACGAUAUCCCAAUGCAAACUGGAGAGGACCACACAGACGUCGGUCUGCAGACUUGGGGUGCCUCAAUUGCGCUCUCUGAAAAGAUAGCCAAGGAGCCGGAGACCUUCAAGCUGGAAAGGCUCCAAGCCAAGUCACCUGGCCGAAUCAUCGAGCUGGGAGCCGGAACCGGACUCGUCAGUCUCUUUCUGUCGAAACUCAUGCCACUCAUUGGCGAAGCACAACCCACCAUCAUAGCCACCGAUCAUCACCCGGCUGUCUUAUCAAACCUCUGGGCCAAUAUCACCUCGCAAAUGGCCACAGCGCCAACAGCGGCUCCGGUUCAAGCAUGCCAUCUUGCCUGGUCCGCGCCAUCGCGAGAGGCACCGUUGGAUAUACCAGCAGACUUUUUGAUCGCUGCGGAUGUUAUUUACGCGCCGGAGCAUGCCACCUGGCUGAGGGAUUGUGCAAGCUCGCUGCUAGCCGACGAUGGCGUGUUCUGGUUAAUGGUUUCCGUUCGACCAAAUGGAAAGUUUGCCGGCAUCAGCGACACCGUCGAAGUAGCUUUUGGACAUGAUGCAGCACCGUGUACAAGAGCUGACGGCAAGAGGCUUGGGAUCUCGUCUGUGCAACGUGUCGAGAAGAAGGGUGAAGUUGGACGAGCUGAUGAAGUUGGGUACAAGUUAUUCGAGAUUACCUGGCUGUGA